AUGACGGACGCUAACACCAGUGCCAAUACCAGUGCUUCAGUUGAUCGGAUUUCAGUUAAAAUCCCACCUUUGUGGCCCAACGAUCCUGAAAUAUGGUUCCUGCAAGUAGAAAACCAAUUUACACUGGCAAAUAUAACAAGUGACGCAACCAAAUUCAACUAUAUAGUUGUCAAUUUAGACACAGCCUACAUAUUAGAAGUUAAGGACAUCAUUGUUUCACCACCAGCCACAGAGAGACUACUCGAGCAUGAAGAACUGGGCGAUCGAAGACCUUCGCAGUUCUUACGACAUUUACAGUCUUUAGCAGGCACAACGGUACCGGACAAUAUUGUAAGGUCUCUGUGGUUAGGUAGACUGCCAGCGUCUACACAGGCUAUUCUAGCUACUCAAGCUAAAGCUAGUUUGAGCGCAGUUGCCGAGCUAGCUGACAUAAUAUCUGAAGCGAUAGCUCCUAGGGCCCAAAUUUCAGAAGCUUCUAACGCUCGUGAAAGUACCAUAGAGAAAUUGACAGCCGAAUUAGCUGAAAUGAAAAUCCAGCUAUCUAGCUUGUCAAAUGCUCAAGCACAAGCUAACACAUACCGUCGCAACCGCAGCAACUCAAGACGAAGACCAUAUCCUAGAGACAGUAGCUACAGUAGGGAACAUAAUAGUGACAUAUUAUGUUGGUAUCACUACCGUUUCGGUGACCAGGCUAAAAAGUGCUCUCCUCCGUGCAAGCAUCAGGGAAACGUCGCGGGCAGUCGGUGA